CAGUCCAAAUUGUUGUCAGUUCCUUUUUUUAAUAAUUAUGGCGCGAGAACUCCCGGUUUGCAACGUGGCAAUUUUGCACGACAAAUUUCGUAAUACGCCCGAGGAUCGUUACAUGGUGGACAUCGCUUUGGCGCUCGACGAGAAACAGACAACUCUUUCGAUCUACACCACGGAUUCGGGCAACGGGGAUAUUUUAGAUUCCACUUCGCCUUUGGACAAAUACAUCCGCACGGUUGGAACGUGGAUACCGUCCAACGUCUGUGGGGCAUUCAAGCGUAUGUUUGCGGUCUUCAGAUCGAUUUGGCUAACCUCGAAGUUACUCAUUGAUCCUCCCAGUCCCGAGCCGAGUGUUGUGAUAUUGGAUUUGGAGCCCAUUGCUAUCCUUCUACUUAGCCUUUUAUCUAAUUACAAAACCCUCUACAUCUACCACUUCCCUCACUUAAGGUGUAGUGAUCACUAUGACAAGAGCAUGUGCGUCGUGCCCCCCUUACUGACACUCAAGAGCCUAAGGUACGCCGAUGAGAUCAUAGUCCAAACCAAGUGCCUGCGGGAGGUUUUUCAAAGAUCGUUCCCAGAUAUUACUGAACCUUUGGUGUUAACCCCAUCCUACAGUACCGGACUGUGGAAUGCGGACACCAUCGACGUAAGACGAAUAAUCCCCGACCUACCGACGAACUACAAACUCUUCGUCGCGUUCGGCAAAUUCAUGGAACGUUCCAAUUUCCUACUCAUCCUCGAAGCAAUCGACAAGCUGAUGAUAUCCGCCGACAACAACCUGAAGGAAGAACUGCACGUGGUCAUAGCGGGUUCCUAUCGAAACCGCUCCCCCGACUACUACAACAAACUAACCGAGACGACCAAGGGCAAACCCUUCGCCUCCAAAAUCUCGUUCCUGAAGCAACUGCCGACGGUCCACAAGAAGACGCUGAUCCAGGCCGCCACCGCCGUGAUUCACCUCGUCGAUAACGACCUAUACCCCGGGCCGAUAGUCGCCGCGAUGAGUAUGGCGAAGGCGAUCAUCUCGAUCGACUGCGGAUUCGCGAGCACGGUCCUCACGCACCGAAUUUCGGGAAUAUUCAUCGAGCAGGACGCGACGAAGCUGGCGACGGUGAUAAGAAAAGUCGCCGAAAGUCCUAUGCUUAAGACGUUUCUGGGCAAUAUGGCGCGGGGGAAGUAUCUGACCGACUACUCCCACAAGACCUUCUCGGACCAGAUUUUUAGUUGGUGCACCAGGUCGAUACCUGACCAUUAUAGAAGCGAAGAUGACUGAUGCACGUGGAGAAACUAUCUAUAUCUAACCAUACUGUAAUAAUAAA